GUGGCCUGUCUGUGAGGUAGUUGAUGGUCCAAGCAGUGAGAUGUUGGUCCACGUCUGCAACCUCCAGCUGAUCUGCUCUUCAUCUCUUUCCAGACUCGGUCAGGCUGGAGAACGGAUCCAGUCGGUGUUCAGGCAGGCUGGAGGUGAAGUCCAACAACUUGUGGUCCUCCGUGUGUGAAGAUGACUUUGACCUGCUGGAUGCAGAGGUGGUCUGUAGGGAGCUGGGUUGUGGGGCUCCUUCAGUCCUCCAGGGGGCGCUCUAUGGAGAAGCAGAAGCUCCGAUAUUGACCAGAGAGUUUCUCUGUGAAGGUCAUGAGUCUGUUCUUCUGGACUGUGGAAGUUCAUGGAGGAAAACAAAAGCCUGUCCACCUGACAAAGCUGUUGGACUCACCUGCUCAGAUCCUGCUACUGUGAGACUGAUGGGAUCGAGUCGUUGUUCUGGUGAACUCCAGGUGAAAAGCGGAAGAGAAUGGAAAGCUGUUGAUGCCUGGGAAUUUCUAAGAACAGAGACAACAUUUACAAAUGUGUGCAAGAACCAGAAGUGUGGAUCCCACGUUUCACUGACAACUAAACAACUUGCAAGAGAAAAGCCAGUUUUCCAGAUUAGUUCUCUCUGUUUUCAUACAUUUCUACUAAAUAUUGAAGACUGUGCGUAUGAAGAUGCAAUGAGCAGCCAGACGAUGGAAAUCACCUGCUUAGACUCUGUCAGGCUGGAGAACGGAUCCAGUCGGUGUUCAGGCAGGCUGGAGGUGAAGUCCAACAACUCGUGGUCCUCCGUGUGUGAAGAUGACUUUGACCUGCUGGAUGCAGAGGUGGUCUGUAGGGAGCUGGGCUGUGGGGCUCCUUCAGUCCUCCAGGGGGCGCUCUAUGGAGAAGCAGAAGCUCCGAUAUUGACCAGAGAGUUUCUCUGUGAAGGUCAUGAGUCUGUUCUUCUGGACUGUGGAAGUUCAUGGAGGAAAACAAAGGCCUGUCCACCUGACAAAGCUGUUGGACUCACCUGCUCAGAUCCUGCUUCUGUGAGACUGAUGGGAUCGAGUCGUUGUUCUGGUGAACUCCAGGUGAAAAGCGGAAGAGAAUGGAGAGCUGUUGAUGCCUGGGAAUUUCUAAGAACAGAGACAACAUUAGCAUAUGUGUGCAAGAACCAGAAGUGUGGAUCCCACGUUUCACUGACAACUAAACAAUUUCCAAGAGAAAAGCCAGUUUUCCAGAUUAAUUCUCUCUGUUUUCAUAAAUUUCCACUAAAUAUGGAGGAAUGUGCGUGUGAAGAUACAAUGAGCAGCCAGACGAUGGAAAUCACCUGCUUAGACUCUGUCAGGCUGGAGAACGGAUCCAGUCGGUGUUCAGGCAGGCUGGAGGUGAAGUCCAACAACUCGUGGUCCUCCGUGUGUGAAGAUGACUUUGACCUGCUGGAUGCAGAGGUGGUCUGUAGGGAGCUGGGCUGUGGGGCUCCUUCAGUCCUCCAGGGGGCGCUCUAUGGAGAAGCAGAAGCUCCGAUAUUGACCAGAGAGUUUCUCUGUGAAGGUCAUGAGUCUGUUCUUCUGGACUGUGGAAGUUCAUGGAGGAAAACAAAAGCCUGUCCACCUGACAAAGCUGUUGGACUCACCUGCUCAGAUCCUGCUACUGUGAGACUGAUGGGAUCGAGUCGUUGUUCUGGUGAACUCCAGGUGAAAAGCGGAAGAGAAUGGAGAGCUGUUGAUGCCUGGGAAUUUCUAAGAACAGAGACAACAUUAGCAUUUGUGUGCAAGAACCAGAAGUGUGGACCCCACGUUUCACUGACAACUAAACAAUUUCCAAGAGAAAAGCCAGUUUUCCAGAUUAGUUCUCUCUGUUUUCAUACAUUUCUACUAAAUAUUGAAGACUGUGCGUAUGAAGAUGCAAUGAGCAGCCAGACGAUGGAAAUCACCUCCUUAGCUUCUGGAUCCACAGACUCUGUCAGGCUGGAGAACGGAUCCAGUCGGUGUUCAGGCAGGCUGGAGGUGAAGUCCAACAACUCGUGGUCCUCCGUGUGUGAAGAUGACUUUGACCUGCUGGAUGCAGAGGUGGUCUGUAGGGAGCUGGGCUGUGGGGCUCCUUCAGUCCUCCAGGGGGCGCUCUAUGGAGAAGCAGAAGCUCCGAUAUUGACCAGAGAGUUUCUCUGUGAAGGUCAUGAGUCUGUUCUUCUGGACUGUGGAAGUUCAUGGAGGAAAACAAAGGCCUGUCCACCUGACAAAGCUGUUGGACUCACCUGCUCAGUUUCCAUGUUUCUCAAACAAUCUUUGAUUUUUUGGGUUCUUUCAGAUCCUGCUACUGUGAGACUGAUGGGAUCGAGUCGUUGCUCUGGUGAAGUCCAAGUGAAAAUCGGAAGAGAAUGGAGAGCUGUUGAUGCCUGGGAAUUUUCAAGAACAGAGCCAACAUUAGCAAAUGUGUGCAAGAAGCUGAAGUGUGGAUCCCACGUUUCAUCAACAACUAAGCAAGUUCCAAAAGAAAAGCUAGUUUUCCAGAUUAGUUCUCUCUGCCUUCAUACAUUUCCACUAAAUAUGGAGGAAUGUGCGUAUAGAGAUACAAUGAGCAGCCAGACGAUGGAAAUCAUCUGCUUAGACUCUGUCAGGCUGGAGAACGGAUCCAGUCGGUGUUCAGGCAGGCUGGAGGUGAAGUCCAACAACUCGUGGUCCUCCGUGUGUGAAGAUGACUUUGACCUGCUGGAUGCAGAGGUGGUCUGUAGGGAGCUGGGCUGUGGGGCUCCUUCAGUCCUCCAGGGGGCGCCGUAUGCAGAAUCAGAGGCUCCAAAGUGGAACAAAGAGUUUUCCUGUGAAGGUCACGAGUCUGCUCUCCUGGACUGCAACCACGCCAGACUAGAGAGAAGCUGCUUAGCGGAGAAAGUUGUUGACCUCACCUGUUCAGGAAUCAUCCGCUUAGAGGGAGACGUCAGUCACUGUGCUGGAACACUGGAGAUGUUUUACGGUGGAGAAUGGGGACCAGUAGCUGAUUCUAACUGGAGCCGGGACUCCGCCUCUGCAGUGUGCGCUCAGCUGGGUUGUGGUUCUGCUCUGUCUUCUAGAAGCAAAGACAACUUUCUAAACAGAUCUGUGUGGUGGAUCCAGCCUCCGUGUGGCCUAUCACUGGAAGGCUGUAAUAUUAUGCAGUGGGUUGAUCACAGCGAAUUUACUCUUGAAAUAUUAUGUUCAGUCUCUGUUGUCGGUUUGAUGAUCCGUUGGUGUGUCGUCUCGGUGGGUUUGAUGGCGAUGAUCCUCGUCACCUGCUUCUACGCCACGACCGGCAGAAAACCAGACGGAGAACACGAGAGGAACCGAGACGAUCCUGAUGGUUCUGGAUCUGGAGGCUGCACAGAGGAGAUGACUGCAGUGUAAAGGAAAGAAUGAACAGCUGAAAAACUCUGCAUUAGAUUUCAAGAUGUUCCAUAAACGUCAAUAUCAAUAUUAACGUUUUACCCCAAACAAUAUUAAAGAUAAAACUAACGAAAAAGUAGCUUGUGUAAAGAAAAAGUGAUUGUCAUUCUUGCUCAUGUAAUCCUAAUUUUGGACAAAGAGAAUGAGGUGACCGUUAGAUGCAGAUGUUGUACAAAAGCUGUGAAGUAAAAAGCGCUUUCAUCCACCAGAUGUUGACAUAGACCAAUAACUGUUUACUGACGGCGGCGUCUGAAUUGGGGAAAAUGGCGGCAUCAUUUUGCUGGAGGCGGUAGAUGGCUGUUUUCUAUGGGUGACAUCACACUGGCUCAGUCCAGUUCACUCGUACAGCCAAUGGCCGUUCAUCUUUGUUUUAGGGUGUCCAGUGUGCACAGAUGCUCACUGGAUUGGCUAAUAUAGACCACACUGCACUGCUUUGAACUAUUUGUCAUCAGAAAAAAAAAAGAAACUUUAUUUCAUCCUAGUUUUCAUCAUCAUAACACAGUGGACUAAUUAAUAGUCUUUGUAAAAGUUCAUAUUGUUGCUAUUGAAGAAAAAAAGAAGUAGUGAGUUGUGGGUCCAUAUUGCGUUACAAUCCACUGGUUUUUCCUGCACUAUAUAGUUUUUAGUGGUAGAGAAUAGUGACACAAUCCGGUCACGGCCUAAAAUAACCUUUAUUGGCCCCGCAAUCGCUUAAUCAACUAGCUUUUAUAGAAUAUUCAGAAUUUACUUACAUUGAAUAUUUGCAGAAGUUACCAAGGAAAAGCAGGACUCAGCAAACUGAAAUACAUAUCUGGCAAACAUGAGGACCAAUCAAUCAUGCCGAUCACACCAGAUGUGUCCUGGCCUGGUUCAACAACAACCACCUGACCUGCAGGGUAGAAAUUGGACGACUGAUGGUGGAAGAAGGAGAGGAGGAAGAAUUGAUUGUAGACAGAUAGAAGGAAAGGCAGGAGUGAAGGACUUGGAGGAGGAAAAAGAUGAGUGACAGCAAAGCCGUGGAUGUAGAGAGCGUAGCCAGACAGCACAGAAUGUUGGUGUGGGGUAGACUCUGGUGGUGAGGAU